GACGGUGGUUCGUUUUCUCUAGGUAUGCUCUUCCACUAUUCAUCGGCCGUCGAGCGCUGCUCACUGCAACAGGAUCACGCCCGACCAGAAGCUUCGUAUCGUCAAGUAAUUCCAAGUACGCGACAACGUCAUCGGGAUGACCGGUGACGGCGUCAAUGACGCUCCAUCGCUAAAGGCUGCUGAUUUUGGCGUCGCGACGGGCGGUGGCUCGGAUGAUGCCAUCGAGACUGCCGACAUGGUGCUUCUCGACCCGUUCACAGCCAUCGAGCAAAGCCGUGCAGCCAUCAUCUGCUGCUUCACGGACUGUGCUGCGGCGAGAAGGCUGGCGUACGAGAAGUCCCAGUCGGAUGUCCUGACACCGCCGCCGCAUAACCCUGAGAACGACCGACUCGUCGAUACCAAGCUCGUUUUCCAUGCUUACUUCCCGGUGGGCUUGCUCGAAUGUCUCUUGUCCUACACUAUAGCCCUCUGGUACAAUAUGUGUCGGUCGCCUCCCAACACCGAAGCCUCGGCCGAUAGUGAGGUAGUGCAGCGAGAAGAAGUACUAUUGCCUGCGAUAUGGAUCAAGUUUGGUAACUACGAUUCGCAGUUUGACGCAAGUGGUAUCACGGCGACCGCGAAUACAGCGCCGAGCAUCUACUUCGUAACGCUGGUAGUCAUGUAG